AUGAACCCUUCCUCCCAGGCGCUCCGCGGCGCCGCCGACCUGCUGCCAUCGAUCCCCGCCUGCGGCAGGGCGGGCCGGUGCGGGGGCCACUGGCCAUCGAGGCGAGCGGCGGCGGCGGAGGGUGGAAGGGAUGGGCGCAGGAUUGUGUCGUGGCGACGGGUCGUGGCGAGAGGGGCCAUAGGGGAGGGGAGCGACGUGGAGGUGGCCGGCGUGGCCGCCGUGGCAGGAGCUGAGGCAGGUGAAGAAGAGCUGGGCACCAUGGAGGUCAGCACCAUAUCUUUCACCCCCACAGAGUCAGAUGCCAGUGACGGAACGUUGUCGGACAUUGUGGAGCCUGAGAUCGAGGCAGAGGGCGACGCACCGAGCGUGUCAAGCGAGCCUGAGGGCAUCGACAAGUACGAGGCGCCAUACAAGAUUGGCGACGUCGUGCUGGGCAGGACGCUAUGGUGCAACGAGCGGGGUGCCAAAAUCGAGCUGCUUGACUAUCCGGGACAUCAGGGGUUUGUUUCGAGACGGGAUUAUCCUUAUCGGCUCCUUGAGGCCAACAGUGUGUCUUUCUAUCAGCCAAAGAGUUUGCUGAAUGGAUAUGUCCGAGAGUAUCAGAUAAUAAACAUUCCUGACCGGAUCAUCGUUGGAAGGUUGGGGCCGCUGCUGAGCGCAAGGGAGCUGGACAGGAAGCUGAUGAUGGACAGGAUGGUGCAAAUUUUUGACAUCUGUCAAGAGGAUCGGGAGGUGUGGAAGACCCGCGUGUUUUCAGUGAACAGGGGGGGUCUGAAGGUGCUGAUGGCCGGCAGGGCAUGCUUUGUCCCAAAGAGCCACAUCCUGGACGAUGAGAUCAAGCACCUCUCACAGGAGGAAUUUCUGGAGAGGUACAAGGACAAGGACAUUGAGACUGCCAUCAUUCAGGUGGAUCCUGUCGAUGACAGGGUGGUGUUGUCAAUGAAGCGUGCUGAGCAGUACAUGAACCUCAAGAACCUUAGGCCUGGGGCCCUGGUGUGGGGAACUGUGAGGAAGGUGCUGGAAUGGGGAGCCUUCAUUGGUGUCGAUGGGACACACGAGAGUGCCCUAAUCCACAGGUCGAACAUCUCCAAGGGAAGAUUCUCAAGAGUAGAUGACAUCUUCCAGGUUGGCGAUCGCGUGUGCGCGGUGGUGCUGGGCAUGGAGGACGACUUCAGCCGCCUGUCCUGCAGCACCGCCGACCUCGAAGAGCAGCCGGGCGACAUGGUGAAGGACAGGCAGUAUGUGUAUGAACAUGCAGAGGAGCAGAUGGAGCGCAUCAGGAGCAUCCUUGCGGAACGGGAGGAGGAGAUGUAUGACGACAUCGACGAUUUGGAAGCCUUUGCGAAUUAG